AGCCGGGGGCACCCAUCGGCACAGCGCCCGACGACCUCAGGACGGAUCCUGUGCCUUCCCCCGCUGCUGCACCCCCCCAAACCCCAUCCGGUGCUGGGAUACCCCGACAUACCCCGGCACCGGACGGGGUUUGGGGGGGCGUGCAGCAGCAGGGGAAGGCGCAGGACUUCCCAUGCCGGGCUGCUCCCUUGACUCCCCCCAACCAUCCCAUCCUGGGGUGACAAGUUUGCAGUGGGACAGUGGCACCGCCAGCCACUUCCAGCCCACCUGAAGCUGUGCCCAGCCGUGGGGCGUCCCCACUCUCAGCCUUGCACCCUGUGCCCUGCGAUGGCACCCGGCCCUGCUCGGGGAAGGCUGCGUCACCCGCAGAGGAACCCCGAGGCUGGCCGGGCUGGCUCGGCCAGUUCGUGGCGAGCGCGUGGCACACCCCGACAUGCCACCCGUCUCGCCCGGCACCCGCCGUGCCAGCCAGCCCCGAGAGUGCCCUGUGGCUGGGGCUGUGCCAGCUGGAGCGUGUCCCUGCUCCUUGGGCUGCGGUCAGGGGGUGCUCGGUGGACGGAGGGGACCGUGGCGGGGGGGGGAGAGCGGUCAGGACAUGCUCAAUGGCCAGAGGGGACCAUGGCGGGGGGAUGCGUGGCAGCUGGAGGGGAUGAUGAUCAAGGGGAUGCUUGAUGGCUGGAGGAGAUGAUGACCGAGGAGAUGAUGACCAAGGAGAUGCUCAGUGGUUGGAGGGCACCAUGAGCACAGGGGACGGUGGUGACGAGGAGCAUGGAGCCACCUUUCUGCUUUCCCUCGGCAGGGGCGAAGGAGGCAGAAAACAAAGGGACAAUCUAUUACUUUUGGUUGACGUUUCUGUGGCUGUGCCGGCAGGGCAGGGAGCCGUGUCGUGCCGUGUCAGUGUUUUGAGGAAAUACGGUGAAACCAAGGCUGUGCCGCGCUCUUGUCCCAGCCCCGGCAUCUCCCCGUGGCAGGGACACCCUGUGGCAGGGACACCAUGGCACAGGAUGGCCAGGUGGCACAAGGGACAGCCGUGGUCGGUAUGGCACAGUCCUGCCCCAGGACUGCUGGCACAAUGUAGGCAAACACCACCAGGGUGGCCGCGGCAGGCACCGGUGUCCCCUGCCCAGCUGCGGUCACCGUCACCGGCACUGCCGCCACCGCUGGGGCCCAGGGUUGGGACAAGGGCACCCUGGGUGCCUGGUUGUCCCAGCCUGGCCCGUGCCGUCCUCGCGGUGCUAAAUGAGGACUGAUGUCCUGUGGCCCUCGGCACAGCUUUGCUGUCACUGGGGCAUGGGAGCAGCCCUGCGAGGGCCACCCACCGCCCCCAUGUCCGCCAGCAGAUGGUGGCAGGGGCAUGGGGGUACUGGGGUCCCUGGGUACAUUGGAUAUGGGGGUCCUUGGGGGUGCCAAGGACACCUGGCCCCUGGUGUUACCAGGGGUCACAAGUGUGCCAGGGGGUGCUGGAGGUGACAGAGGUCCCACAGGCCCCUGUCACUCUGGGGAGUCUUGGAGCUGCUGGGGGACCCAGUGGGUCCCUGGGUGGUCCUGGGGGUCCCUGUGACUCUGGGGGUCCUGGAGCUGCCAGGAGUCCCAGGGAUCCCCAUCAGGUCCCUGUCGGAUCCCCGGGGGUCACAGGGUGUCCCAGAGGUCCCCAUCAGGUCCCCGGGGUGUCCUGGGAGUCCCCAUCGUGUCCCGGAGGGUCCCCGGGGUGUCCCUGGAGGGUCUCAAUCGGGUCCCAGUCAGUCCCGGGGUGUCCCGGGGGUCCCAGGGGUGUCCCGGGGUGUCCCGGGGGUCCCCAUCGGGUCCCGGGGGGUCCCGGCGGUCCCGGGGGUCCCGCCCCGUGUCGGGCCCCAGGUGCGCAGGGGGCGGGGCCUUGGAGGCAGACGUGCCCCACCCCUCCUCCCCUGUCGCCGACAGCCAAUGGGGAGGCGGCGGGAGGGCAGGCUCCGCCCCCCGCGGUUUUAAAGCCGCCCCCCGCGCCCGGCGCCGCCAGAGAGGGGAGCGCCCGCUCGGCCGCCCGCCCGCCGCCAUGGACUGACCCACCCGGCCCGGCCCCGGCCCGGCCCGGCCCGACACGAGCUGACACCAUGAACCAGCUGAUCCUUUACACGCUGCUUCUCUUGGCCCCCGGGGAGCUGGCGGGGGCAUGUCCCACAGGCUGCCAGUGCCAAGACCCCAAGACCAUCCUGUGCGCAGCCAGAAGGGGUCAGACUGUGCCCCGGGGGCUGCCCCCCAACACCCUCUCCCUCUAUGUCUUUGAGAACGGCAUCACGAUGCUGAGCGAGGACAGCUUUGCCGGCCUGCCCGCCCUCCAGCUCUUGGACCUCUCACAAAACAAGAUCACCAGCAUCCAGAAAAACAUCUUCCAGCCCCUGACGGAGCUCAUCAACUUGGACCUGUCCUCCAACCAGCUGCAGGAGAUCACCAACGAGACCUUCCACGGGCUGCGGCUGCUGGAGCGGCUCUACCUGCAGAGGAACAGGAUCCAGCACAUCCACGCUGCCGCCUUUGACACACUGGAGAACCUGCUGGAGCUGAAGCUUCAAAACAACCAGCUCUGGGCCGUGCCCCCCCUCGACCUGCCCAACCUCCUGCUGCUGGACAUCAGCUGGAACAAAAUCCCCACCAUUGCACCGGGGGCCUUCCAUGCCGUCAACAUCGAGUCCCUGAAGAUCGCAGGGCUGGGCCUGACGAGCUUAAAUGAGGAGCUCUUCCAGGCCCAGAACAACCUCCAUGAGCUGGACGUCUCCGACAACCUGCUGGAGCGUGUCCCGGCAGUGCUGCGGCGGCUGGGGAGCCUCACCAAGCUCAGCCUGGCUGGCAACGCCCGCAUCUCCCAGCUGCCGCCGGAGGACUUCCACAACCUUCACAACCUCCAGGAGCUGGACAUCAGCAACCUAAACAUCAACACCAUCCCUCGGGAUUUCUCCAGCUUCUUCCCCAGGCUGCGGGCCGUGACGGCCGCUGGCAACCCCUUCAACUGCAUCUGCCAGAUGAGCUGGCUGGUGCAGUGGGUGAACGCCAGCAGCGUAGUCCUCCGGCGGCCCGAGGAGACGCGCUGCCACUUCCCCCCAAAAAACUCUGGCAAGCUCCUCCACCACUUGCAGUACGCUGACUUCGGCUGCCCCACCACCACCACUACCACCACCACCCCCACCACCCCGCGCACCACCACGCUGCCGCCGCCUGCGCCGCUCCCCACCACCAGCCGCCCAGUGCUGCAGCCCAGCACCGCCGCUCCCACCCUGGGGGCCAGAGCCCCCCUGGGCAGCUCCACGCCAAUGCCCUUCAGUGGCCCCCCGGCCCCCACCAGUCCCCCGCCGCCCAUCUGUCCCCCUCGCACGUGUCUGAACGGUGGCACCUGCCGCCUGGGUGCCCAAAACCACCUGGAGUGCCUGUGCCCGGCGGGCUUUGCUGGGGCAUACUGCCAGGUGGAGACAAGGGGGACCACGCCGUCCCCCGCCACGCCGUCCCCGCUGCCCAGCCGGCGGAUCAGCAUCACGCAGGUCAGCAGCACCUCCCUCAAAGUGGACUUGCAGAACUACAUCCAGUCCAAAGCGCAGCUGAAAGGCAUCCGCUUGAGCUACCGAAAUCUCUCCGGGCCAGACAAGCGGCCCGUGAUGCUGCGUUUGCCAGCUUCGCUCUCCGAGUACACGGUGCGGGCGCUGAAGCCCAACUGCACCUACCGCGUCUGCAUCGGGCCCCUGGGGGAGAAGGUCUCCAAGGAGGAGCACUGCGCUGAGGCGCAGACCUUGCCGGCGAGCCAACAGCAGCACUCGCCCGUCACCCAGAGCAAGGACAGCAACCUCACCCUGAUGAUCGUCCCCGCGCUGGCCGCCAUGCUGCUGCUGCUGGUGGUGGUGACUGCUGGCACGUACUACUGCCGGCACCGCCGGGCGAAGGCGCACGCCAGCACCGAGGUGGAUGCCAGCCCGCUGGAGCUGGAAGGGGUGAAAGCCUGCCUGGAAAAUGGGGAUUUGAGCAAUCAUGGUUGCAAGGUGCCGGAGGCGGCGAUUCUUUCGGGCGGUUCCGAGUGCGAGGUCCCGCUCAUGCAGUCGCACUACCCCAGCAACAACAACACCCCGGGCCUCAAACCCUCCUAUUUCUGAGCCAGGCGGGACGGGGCUGCCGGGCAAGGGGAGCCCUGGACAGACGAGGGUUGAGCUGCAGUGGUGGCACUUGGCCGUGUCCUUCCAGGGCGAGGAACGGCAAGGAGUUAACUGAAUUCAGGCAGAAAAACCCCAAACCCAUAACGUGCAAUUUCCGAGAGGCUGCCACGCUUCGGGAGGAGACACUAAUUUUACCGCUCAGUGCCUUGAUUUCUGUGACUCUACGUAAAACGUGGGUAGCGAAAGAAGAGGGGGUUUGGGGUUUUUUAAUUUGGGGUUUGGGUGGGCUUUUUUUAGCUACUGCUAAAAAGAAAGCUGCCGGUCACUCGGCUAAGGGACGUCCACGUGCUGGUAACAAGGGUCCUUUAGCGGAGCAUGGCCCGUGACUCUCAACUCCCUGGAAGCUGAUGUGAGCAAUAAGGCUCGGCCGAGGUGCUGGGACCCUCGGGACCCCCCGGGCUGAAGGAAGCGCCGAGCAGGCAAACCGGGAAUUGAAGCUUUAAGAACUCGGAGAGAAUAUUUAUACACGGUUAUUUCCCAUUUCUUCUGGGAAAACUUUUUUUUUUUUUUCUAGUACCGAUUUGUGUACAUCUCUUUUGUAAGGCAGACCAGAAGGGUGUCUUUUUGUAAAAAAAGAAAAAUAAUAAAAAAAAAUUAAAAUAACAACCAUGAAAACCUCUACGCAGCCCCAGGCACUGCCCAGCUCGCCCCAGUUUGAGGGCAAUGGUGCGGGCAGGGCAGCCAGUCCCCCGCAGAGGAGCGGGAAGGUCGGCUGCGUCCUCCCGUUGUUGUUGGCGAGCACCGGGAUGAGUCAGGGCAAUGGAUGGGGGAGGGGGGGAAUUUUCCUGACUCUGGGCGGUGGUGCUGGGGCGGCUUCACCCCCAUGGCGCUGCCCCCCACCGUGGGGGGCUGAGGAGGUGUUCCCAAAACAGAGGCCACGGGUUUCUAAUCAGCCCCUGCCCUGUGCAUCAUCCAGCCUUACUUCAUCCCUCCCCGCCUGCCAGAUGGCUCCGGAGCCGGCUGCGGGACAAACAGCCCAGCCCACCCUCCGUGACCUCCCCACGUCACCCCGGGCGGCACCGGCGCCCCCAAAACGCCCAGGACGAGCGUCGGCCUGCUCUGUCCCCCCGAAGCGGGGGGGCUGCAGCCAGAGCCGAGACUCAGGGCCCCCACCGUGAGCCCCCGGCCCCGGGAACAGCCGGUUUCGUGCGCUGGCCCCGACGGGGAGGGCUGGGAGCCGGCGCUCGGCAGGUUCCCGCUGCCAAGUGGUUUCUGCUCCAACCCUCUGGUUUUAAUCGUUUUCCAAUCCUUUAUCUUUCGGGCUGGAAUUUUCCAGGUUGGGGCCCUGCCCGCCGAGGUAUGUUUGAUUUGGAGAGAAUGAGCAAAAAGGGGCUGAAACGCCGCGGCUGCCGCCAGCGGAGCCGAGGGUCACCACUGUGCCGCGCAAGAUGCCGGCGGCUCUUUGGCCGGCCCCGACCCCGCAAUCGCCCCGGUCCCGCUCGCCCGGGGCCGAUGGCGGGAGGGAGCGUCUCUGGAUGCAAUUAGGGGCGUGGGGCGGUGGCGGGGGCCGUCUGGCGCAGCCCCCCCGGCUCCCAGGUGGGCUUCCGGCAGGGCUGGCUCCCAUUAGGGCCGGCGCAGCGGCAGGAGGGGCCCCUCGCCGGCGCGGGUGGGUCGGUGCGAUGGCCACGCUCGCCCGCUCAAAGGGCCCAUUGUGGUCCUCUCCCCACAGAUUUUUCAAAUUAACAUCCCAAAUUCCUCCGAAAAUUGCUGCUGUGUAAAUAUUUUCACUGCGAGCUUUGUAUAUUUUCCAGCCCCGCGAGGAGGAGAGAAGAAAAGUCCCCGGCGGAGCCACGGCCUCACGCCGGGUGCCUCCGGACGGCCGCUGACGCAGCCCCCCUGCCCCAGCCCGGCCAGGCGCAGGGUCAGCCCCUGCGUGUCCCCUCACCGGCACCGGGCUGCAGAGACCUUCGAGCCCCUUCCUUCCCCGCCUCUCGCUUUCCCUCCUGCUGCUCGACUUCCUUACAUGCCCUUCCCCUAACGAAGCUAUUUCCCCCCCUUGCAAUUAGCUGGAGGUUUGCAGAGAACCCCAACAUGCCAGGUGGGCGCCGGGGACCCCCACAGCCCCUCGGCAGGUCCCGUCGUUCCUGGGGGACUUCCAGCAACUCCAGAGUGACCGCGGCUCCGUUGGCAAUGCCACAUGGGCUGCCCUGGCCCGGCUUUGGCAGGUGCAGCGCAGCCGGGCUGCCCCGAGCCAAGGUUUUCGGUGCCAACCGGGAGCUGCGGGGAAGGGGCCAGGCUGCAGCCAAUGGUGGCCAUGCGAGGAAGGGGCCGGAGCAGCAGUAGGGGAUGGGGGGGCUCGGACUCAGCACCGAGUGGGACAGGGAUGCUGUGUCCAGGGCAUGGCUUGGCACCCCCCUGACACCCACAUCUGCACCCAGGUGGCUCCGCGGGAGCUCGGCUGUGCCCAAAAAUGUGCCUGUCCAGCCCCCGCGGCUUCCCAAACCCCAGCCCAAAAGUCCCCUCGGCCACUGCCAGCCCCGGCAUGCGCGCCACAUCGUGUGGUGCUGCUAAUUCCUCCGAGCUGAAUCAGCGCCGGGGAAGGAUUGCAAAACCCGCUGAAAUGACCCCAAAAAAAAAAAAAAAAAAAAAAUAAUCCCUCUCACUAUGCGAUCCAGCGGGGCUGGUAACCAACAGCCCCAACCAGAAGCCACCGGCAGGAUAGGGGGGCUCGGCGGGGAGCCACAACGGGAGGAGCCACCGGCUUCACCGGGGCAAGUCACCGGAGCAGCACUGACGGCUGCAAUCCUGGAGGUCCCUGGCUUCCAGAGAACCAUCCAUGGCUCCGGGGAAACCAAAGCCUGGUCCCCUGGGUCCCCCAGGUCCCCACGGCCGGAGCAGAGUCCCGGGACACACACACACACACACGCUGCCUUGGUACCAGGUGGGGGGGUCCCCAUCCCGGCUCCCCCGGGGUGAGGGCAGGCGUGUGCCCGUCCCACAGCCCCACGCGCUGCCAGGAAAAGCUUGCGGAGAGGCCGAAAUCCCAACGGCUUCCUGGAAAGCUGGGGAGGCCGGGGCCGGGGAGUGCCGGGCAGCCGCGGAGGCGGUGGUGGGCCGAGGCCGUGGCCCAUCUGGGAGCGAUUUCGGCGCUGCCGCCGCUCGCUGCCUUCCCGCCCGCCCGAGCUAUUUUUACCCGGUGUAAUUACCGGGGCAGGCGACAGGGCUGGGCAGCCGCCCCGCCGUUAACCCCUUUGUGCAGCCACCCAGGAGCAUCUCGUCCCACGGGGACGGGUCCCACCGGGGUGGCACCUGGUGGGGUGGCUUCUCCCCGUUCCCUGUGCCUGAGGUUGGCAGCCAAGCAGGAGCAGCCACUUGCCCACCAAUGGCAAGCAGAUGCCAGCCCAGGCACCCCUGCGAAGAGGGGUCUGUAAGGGGGAUGGGGACGGGGACAGGGACAGGGAUGGACCUGUCCUGCUCAGCGCUCUGCCACCGAGACCUCACCACUGGGGUGGGUGUUGUCAGAGCCCCGCAAAACACCCACCACGACCCACAAGGGCUGCUAAAUCCCAGGAUAAAGCAGUGCACAGGGCAUCGGAGCCAGGCGGGAUGGGUGCAGGACCGGCCAUCAAGGUCCCGGUACAGCUGGUGACAGGGGAGAGGUGGCAGGGUGACGGAGGGGACACGUGCCUUGGUGCACAGGAGGGCUGGAGCCGGGAGAUACCGGAGCUGCAUCCACACGAGCUGGCUCAGGCUCUGCUGGGGCAGCGGGUGGGUGCUGGGGGCUGAGCAUCCCUGGGCAGCCUUCCCGGGAACCCCCCCGGCCCCUCCAUGUCCUGCUCCAGCGCUGGGGGAGCCAAACAGCCCCAAAUCCCUCUGCAAACAUCCUGCUGUGCCGGCUCGUCGCCGCAGGCAGGUCCCGGCUCUGGCGCCUCCAGCUCUGGUGGACUUUGCUCUGCAAAGGGCGGUGGGGACCCGGCUGUCCCCAUCUCCCAGCCCCGUGGGGAUCGGGCCCAGCACCGGCACACACCACGGGGACAUGGCUCCCGGGGACGUUUGCAGACCCCGUCACCCUCGACUCUGCUGAGCUGUGGGCAGGAGACUGCCCGAUUCCCUGCCCAGCGAGCGGGCACCCCCAGCCUCCCCGGGGACAUUUUUGGGGACACCAAAAGAUGCGGCGACACAAGGCCGCCGCUGUUCUUGCCAUCCCCGGCGCGGUGACGGCACCGUCCCCGGGCAGUGCCGUGCCGGGCGCCGGGCGCGGGGUCUGGUCGCUGACCUUGAGUGGGAGCCGGUAACCCAACCCCGCCGGUGCUGGUUACAAUUUAGGGCAACAAUAACCUAUUGAGGCCCCUUCCUGGCUCCUGCCCCGCUGCUCCUUGAUCUAAUUAAAGGGGGGGCCAAGGCCGGGGGGGAAGACAAAACCCGAGCCGAAGGGAGCGGCGGGUACCCGAAGGCAGCACGUUGGGAGGGGCCGGGGCCACCCAUGCCUCCCGCCACCCGCUCCCGCGGGGGUCCGGGCAUCAGCGGGGGGGGGGUCAGCUCCUGAGCACAGCCCCGACAUAGAUGGGGUGCUUUGAAAAAGAGGUUUACACGGACGCAGAGAUCUUGCCUGCUCAGGAUUUGGGAUGGGGAACCCCCAAAAUGCACUUGUUGAUGUGGGGGCGAAUGGGGAUGGUGCCCCCUCCCACUCUGCACUUUUCCCUGGUGGAUGCUGGGCAGGGGCACAGCCGCCCCACAGGGUUCAGUGUGGUGGUGGGCACGGGGGUGGGCACGCUGGGGGUGACCCCCACCUCGGGGCAUGCCAUGGCCCAGGGCGCCCAGGACGCGUGGUGCCGGCUCGGCGAGCACUGGGCUCCGCGGCGGGACGCGGUGGGGACGCGGUGGGGCCAUGGGCUCCCCAUCCCGCCGGCCCCGGCGUCAGUAAUGAAUGGUAUGAGUUUCCUGCCCGCCCACUGAUUGCUUCCUCAAAGAGCCUCAAUGAGCUGCUGCUGCUGCCCCGGCUCCCCCCGCGCCGCUCGUGGCAUGGCCGGCACCGCCGCGCCGCCGGACGGCUCUCGCUGCCCCACGCCGGGCACCCACGGCCACACUGGAGAGCCACGAUGGGAUCCGCCAUCCCUGACGCUGAACCGCCGUCCCUGGAGCAGUAGCACCCAGCACCAAGCCUGACUCGAUGCCCAGUUGGGGCACUGCCCCUGGGGGGGGACACGGGAACCCCCAAACCCCCCACCCACUGCCCCAACCACAGCUCCGGGGCUCCCGAGCAUCGCAUCCCGCCGGCUCUGACGGAGGGAGAGCGCGGCCCCCGCUCGGCACCUCUGCCGGGAGCCAGCCCAAAUCCCCCUCCGCCAUUUGUCAUCUCCGCCAGAUUUACAGGCAGGGAGUGGUUGGGGCUGGAACUGCAGCCGGCCCUGGCGCGGCUGCCUAAAAAAAGCACCUCCCGCUCCUUCGGAGGGGGGGGUUCCCAUUCACCCCCCUACCCCCAGCCCCUCUCCGUAUCACCACGCUGCCGCAGCCCGGCAGAGCCCCGGCGUGACGCGCAGGCAGCGCCCGCCAGCCGCAUUCCUGGCGGCCGAUAAACCCGGCAGCCAAAAUAACUCCAGCCUGCGCGAAGGGGGCUGAGCGCAGCUUGGCGUCUGCAUCCAAUUUAGCCGGGCUGGCUCGCCCCGGCCCAGCGCCGGCGGGGAGGCCCAUGCGCGCGGGGUGCGAGAAGCAGCGGGAUUUGGGGUAAUUCCCCCUGGAUUCUCCACCAGCAGCAAUAAGGGACCCUGGAGUGUCCCCUUGCAGCACGCUGUGUGCCCCGGCCUCCCUCGGGAGUGUUCACUCUGGGCACUAAUGAUGGCUGGUCACUGAGGCUGGACAUGGCAGAGCUGGAGAGCAGGAGAGCUGGGAGCUGCUCACCUUGGGAACUCGCAGGAGGGUGAGGGAUGCUCCAUCUGCCUCCCCGCCUGCUCACUCCUGGGGCUGCUCCCCCGGCCACCAUGCCCGCACCUCCCCAUGCUCAUCCUCUCCACUCCUGUCGAUCCCAGCUGCCGCCAGCACCAUCUCGGAGUUGACGCCUUAGCAGGGAGGAUGCCUGCAGGGCGGCCAUGGGCCAGCCCGCUGUCACAGCUCACUCAGCUCCUUGCAAGAGGCCCUGUACCGGCACUCAGCAACUGCUGAUCACCCAUCCCACUCCGGCAUCCUGGCCUCCAUGGAGCCAUCCCGGCAUGUGGCGAGGGUCCCGGCAUCCCUGUGCUCUGCCAGCAGCUCUGGGAAGAGCUGGAGGCCUCCAGUGCAGCCCGGCAAGGACCUUGCCCCAAAUGCCAUUGCCCUGGCAGAAUGAAGGCACUGCCUCCUCCUCCUCCUGCCAUUUCCUCGCCCGCACGGUGACGCCAGCCAGCUCACCAGGGCGGCGUGGGAGAGGCCAGGCCGGGUCCAACCAGAGUGUUCCUCACCUCGGUGGUGCCCCGCAGACAGGAGACUGCUCCAUCGCGCCUUGACAAGGAGCGCUGACCCCUUACGGCCACAAAAGUUCCUCUUCCACUCCCCCCAGGGAUGCGGACGCCCGGUGAGCAGGGCUCUGCCGCUGGCCUGGCCAUGGCUGGCUGGGCAGCCACCGCGGCACCAUGGCACAAAGCACCGCGGCCCCAGCGCGAGCAGGGGGUCGGGGCCGAGCCACUCCGGCGCGCGGGCAGCGCCAAAGAGAUUCACUCGCCCGCAGCAUCUUGUCAUGCCACCCCAAUGCACAGGCCCACCCAGCUCGUGGCCACCUUAGACACCACCGGUGCUGUC